AUGAAGGGAAUCCAGCUAAGCUCCUACGUCAAGGGCCCCUCCGACCUCACCGUCACAACCCUCCCCGACCCCGUCCCCGCGGCAGACGAAUACCUCAUCUCCAUCCGCGCCGCCGCCACAAACUUCUUCGACCUCCUCCAAAUCCAGGGCAAAUACCAGCACCAACCCCCCUUCCCCUGGAUCUCGGGCAUGGAAUUCGCCGGCGUGGUCCUCCACGCACCCCCCACCGCCAAAUACCCCAUCGGCACGCGCGUCUUCGGCGCAAAACAAGGCGCCUACUCCACCCUCAUCACCGUGAAGGAAGACGUUCUCCACGCCGUCCCCGCCGGCUGGAGCUUCGCCGACGCCGCAGGCCUGUACGUUACCGCGCCCACCUCCUACGCCGCGCUGCACCUGCGCGCGCGGCUGGCGCCCGGCGAGACCGUGCUCGUGCACGCGGGGGCGGGGGGCGUCGGGCUUGCGGCCAUCCAGAUUGCGAAGGCGGCUGGCGCGACGGUGAUUGCCACUGCGGGGACGGGCGAGAAGCUGGCCGUGUGUCGGCGCUUUGGGGCGGACCAUGGCGUGGACUACCGGGGCAAGGGGUGGAGCGCGGAGGUGCUGGCGCUGACGGGGGGCAGGGGAGUGGAUGUGGUGUUUGAUCCCGUGGGGAUGGUGGAGGCGUCGUUGAAGUGUGUUGCGUGGAAUGCGCGGGUGCUUGUGGUGGGGUUUGCGGGGGGUGUGAUUGAGAAGGUGGCGAUGAAUAGGGUGUUGUUGAAGAAUGUGAGUGUUGUGGGGAUACAUUGGGGGAUGUAUGCGGAGAAGGAGAGGGAGGAGAGGACGGUGGAGAAGGUGUGGGAUGGGUUGUUGGGGUUGGUGGGGGAGGGGAGGUUUAAGCCGACGGUGUAUGAUAAGGAGUUUGUGGGGUUGGAGAGUGUAGGGGCGGCGUUGCAGGCGCUGGGCGGGAGGGAGACGUGGGGAAAGGUUGUGGUGACUGUGCCGGAGGAGAAGGGGAGUCGCUUGUAG